CACACCGAUUGUUCUCAAACUAAAGAAGCACCUCAGCUCUUUGCCAAAGAGGUUGCACUCAUAACAUGCUCACACUCUAGCGAAACCGCGAUAAAGCCUCCCAAAUUCCUCCCCCUCCCCCCUUCAGAAGCAGAAUGCAUUAUCGACAUCAACACCACCAUCACCGCCGCAACCACCACUAAACACCACACCAUAACCACAAUUAUCACCAACCACCAACCACAAAACUCCGCAAAAUGACCACCACACCACCAUCCGAUUCAGCGCCCAGCGCCCCCCUCGCCUCCCCGACCCCCCAAUAUCGCGCCUAUCAACCCACCGCGUCGCGCACCUCCUCACACUCCUCCUCGACCUCUACCCCGUCCCCAUCCCCUUCUUCCUCCCCAACCCUGGACCCCUCCAACCUUCCCAAUGGCCCGAAAUCGCUCUCCGGAAUCUCCCUCCGCGCCUUUCUCCUCGGCACGACCCUAGGCCUAACCAUUAGCUCCACGCUGUACCUCCUCCUGACUACCACCUCCCCGCUCUGGCGCCUCCCGUUUUUCCUCGCCAGUCUAAGCCUCUUCCACUUCCUCGAAUACUACACCACAGCCGCGCACAACCCGCGCUUCGCGACCGUCUCUGCCUUCCUCCUGACCUCGAACGGAUGGGCCUACAACGUCGCGCACGGCUCCGCGCUCCUCGAAUGCCUCCUCACCUCCACCCUCUUCCCGGCGACUGACCACCAGCACCACCAGCACCGCAUCGGCUCGAACCUCUACACCCGACUCACCGGCGGGCCCUACCACCACCCCCACCUCCUCCCUGAACGUCUUAAUCUCGCCGUCUGCAUAGGCCUCGCCCUCAUGAUUCUCGGCCAGACCGUGCGCUCCGUCGCCAUGGCCCAAGCCGGCAGCAGCUUCAACCACACGGUGCAGGUGGCGCGGCGCGACGACCACCGCCUCGUCACGACGGGCGUCUACCGGUGGCUGCGGCACCCUUCAUACUUUGGGUUUUUCUGGUGGGGGAUCGGUACCCAGUUGGUGCUGGGUAAUGUUGCCUGCUUGAUCGGGUAUGCGCUGGUCUUGUGGCGGUUCUUCAAGUUGCGUGUCAGGAGAGAGGAGAACUAUCUCUGUGCGUUCUUUGGGGAUGAGUAUCGGGCGUAUAGGAAGAGGAGCUGGGUUGGGAUUCCUUUCGUUUGAAGAACGGGAUCAGCCUCUGAGGAUGGGCUCAAUGAGAGCAGGCGGUUCUUAUACUGUACAUGGGGAAUGAUGGGCACGGUAGAUAUAGGAUUUGUUGGCCCGGGUCCUAAUAUAGUAUCACCCCCUGAUUGGGGGCGAUUGUUUAAUUCUUUUGCUUACAUACGAAUAUUUUUU